CGUAAACGAGCCCGGCUAAAUCUGCCCGAUGUGCGCGGUACAAUUCCUGUGGAUGAACUAUUGAACAAAUCCAAACAAACCAUUUGCGAAGUAUCCCAAGAUGACUUGACUGCCGGAGCUAGUCUGGAUCUCAUGAAAUCGGUCACAGCAGAUGAGUCACAAUACGUGUCCAAGCGUGCCGAUCCGGACGAUGAUCCGGGAAAGCUGGCACAUCGCAAACACCAAAUUACUUGGCUUGCUUUCCAGUCGAAGGCAUGA